UAAAAGUCUGAUGUACUAUUGGCAAGUGAAAAAUAAACAAGCCAUUUGAAAAAAAUCAGUCAAGGAUUUUAUUUUGAAAAAAACUGAUUCUGAAACUUAACUGUGCAUUUUUAAACCUGAUGUUUGAAUUAGUUAUAGUUGUUUAAAUGGCAAUAGAUAGUAGAAUAUUUAUUUUGAAAGUAAAGGCCGUAAAGGUUCAACGGUUUUUUAUUGUCCUCAAUAAAAUUACAUUUAUAUUGUCUAAUAAAAUUGGUUAAGGGUGUUUAACCUUUGUUAUGAGAACAUUAUAAUUUUUCGAUGUAAUAGUAUGUAAUAACUACUUAAAAGUUUUAAUAAAUAAUGUUUUAGUUUUCAUAGGAGUAAAUAUAAAUCACCAAUAAAAAUCACCCAAAAUAAUGCCCUAAAGACAAUUACAGGGCUACUUCACAACUUAUACAAAGUAUUUUCAUAGAAAAUACUCGGACCUUGACUCUUUUUCAUUAGAUAAUAGUGACCAUCCGCUCGAGAAUUCACCUCGAGCCAGACGAUGAGUAGAUAUGCGCUGAUCAAAUAUAUAGCUAUUGAUCAGUUUGUCCCUUCCCGACUUACAUAAAGCGCAGCUGACUUUCGCCUGGCCGAAAGUGUCCCCCCGUGUCGCAAACAAAUUCAAAUUGCUCAAGUCCCUGGCUGCUACUUUAACUGAUAGAGGCAGCCGAACGACGUUGGGCACGAUUCCAAACGAACGGCUGGUAGUCUAGAAUCUAAGAAACGAAAAGCCCAAAGAGACCGCCGCGAUAAGGUGAAAACCGAAACAGUCAACGGAGCUAAAACCGAGCCAAUGCCAGUUAUCGAACAGACAGCGAUCCCGCCUAGCGGAGUGGUUUUGUUUCGCCGUUGAACGGGACGCGAGUGCGGAAAACUAACCAAAGAAACGUUUUCGUUUCCUUUUUUUAUAUAUAUAUAGAGCCCAAACAACCGUGUGCUAAUUGAAAUACAUAAGUUAACUGAAAUAUAACUCAUACGACGCGUGUACAAAUCACCGGCCUCUUAGCAAUGAUGCAAACCCUGAAACCACCGCCACCGCUACACCAUCAUCACCAGCAUCAGCAGCAGCCACAUCAACACCAACAGCAUCCGCAUUUGCAGCAUCCGCAGCUGCAGCAGCAUCAGCAGCAACAACAGCAGCAACAGCACCUGACAGUCAUGGAUAAUCACCAGCAACAUCAGCCGCAUAUCCAUCAGCAACAGCAGCAGCAGCAGCAGCAACAAUUGCCACCCACGCCGCAGGCAUCGCACCUGGUCGGUGGGCAGCAGCAGCAGCAACAACAGCAACAGCAGCAUCCGCACCACAAUCACCUGGCUGUCGACCAGGAUGACCCAAAUCCCGAACUGGUGCUCGCCUUAAUUUCCAGGAACCGUGCGCUCGAGGCUACGAUCCCGAAGUGCGGUGGCUGCCACGAGCUGAUCCUGGACCGUUUCAUCCUCAAGGUGCUGGAGCGGACGUGGCACGCGAAGUGCCUGCAGUGCAGCGAGUGCCAUGGCCAGCUGAACGACAAGUGCUUCGCGAGGAACGGCCAGCUGUUCUGCAAGGAGGACUUCUUCAAGUCGAACAGACGUUACGGUACAAAGUGUUCCGCUUGUGAUAUGGGCAUACCGCCCACGCAGGUGGUGCGUCGUGCCCAGGACAACGUCUACCAUCUGCAGUGCUUCCUGUGUGCCAUGUGCUCCCGCACCCUGAACACGGGCGACGAGUUCUACCUGAUGGAGGAUCGCAAGCUCAUCUGCAAGCGUGACUACGAGGAGGCCAAGGCCAAGGGCCUCUAUUUGGAUGGCUCCUUGGAUGGCGAUCAGCCGAAUAAGAGGCCGCGCACCACGAUCACCGCCAAGCAGCUGGAGACCCUGAAAACCGCCUACAACAACAGCCCCAAGCCCGCCCGACAUGUACGUGAGCAGCUCUCGCAGGACACCGGCCUGGACAUGCGGGUGGUGCAGGUCUGGUUCCAGAACAGGCGGGCCAAGGAGAAACGACUGAAAAAGGACGCGGGUCGCACGCGCUGGAGCCAAUACUUCCGCUCAAUGAAGGGCAACUGCUCGCCACGCACCGACAAAUUCCUCGACAAGGAUGAGCUGAAGGUCGACUACGACAGCUUCAGUCACCACGAUCUGAGCAACGACAGCUAUAGCACCGUCAAUUUGGGUCUGGAUGAGGGCGCCUCGCCGCACAGCAUCCGCGGCUCCUACAUGCACGGCAGCUCGAGUCCGUCGCAAUUUCCGCCGAGCAGUCGCUCUCCGCCGCCAGUUGGCCCGGGUCACACGUUCGGCUCCUAUCCGGAUAAUAUUGUCUACACCAAUAUAGAUCAAGCGGUGGGCUCUAGUUUGCAUGUCAAUAAGUCGCACCAUCGCCUGCACAGUAGCAACAAUGUGUCCGAUCUGAGCAACGAUUCUAGUCCCGAUCAGGGAUAUCCCGAUUUUCCGCCCAGUCCGGAUUCCUGGCUGGGCGAUUCGGGCAGCACCAACAACACCAGCGCCAACAACAAUAGUAGCAGCAACAACAACAGCGGCAACAACAACAACAGUAGCAGUGGCGGUGGGAGUGGCAGUGUGAGCGUCAGUACCGCCCCCAACCCAUCGGCGCCCGGCGUACAUUACUGAUACUCAAAUCUGCUUUUGCGUUAUUUUGAGAUGCAGUCGCGCAGUCUGCUGUUAGUUGCUGCCCAGCAGCAACAUCAGCAACAUCGGCAACAUCAGCAACAUUCAUCGCAACUAUAGCAGCGACGCCAUAUUAAAAGCUCACAGCAGUAGCAGCAGCAGCAGCAGCAGGAGAUGUUGGAACAUUAACAGCAGUAGCAACAUUAUAAGCUGACACAUUCACACCGACAACAUAAACAGCUGCAACAGCAACAUUAUGUGCUGCAACAUGAGGAGCAGCAGCUACAUUAGCAGUAGCAACAUUAACAGCAGCAACAUUUAACAGCAGCAGCAACAUCAGCCAAACUUAACAGCUGCAACAGAAAAGCUUAACCCUUGAGAUAUACAUAUAUGGCAACGCUGUCGUGUGGCAUUCAAACCACGCAUCCACACCCUAUUGUUUAUGCACUAAGCCUUUAUAAUUUUUAGUGAACAAAAACCAACACAAUUUGCUCAAAAUCCUUGAUUUCAAUUCGGUUUGCCAACGGUGGGCUUAGCUUGAGAAUACACACCUAACACGGCUUGAAUGUUACUAAGCGUUAUGAUUACAACUGUUCUUGAACGAUUACUUCGCUCUAUCAUUUACAUUCGUAACCCUGAUAUUUUAUUGUAAAUAUUGUAUAUUUGUGUAUAGUGAAUGGAAACUAAAACUGAAUUUUAAAUUAAUUAAGUCUGUAUAGCGUCAAACAAAUGCGGGGCAUUGCGAGCACAACAUUGGUUAGGCCCCCUGCCCCACAAAAAACAAAAAAACAAAAAAAUCAACAAGUUAUUUAUUGCUUUAUAUAGGAAUACAACAAAAUUGCAUAGGAGAAAUAUCAAUUACGAAAACGUGAUGUCGUAUUUAUAUCUAACGAAAAUACAAAAAAAAAAACAAAAACAAAAAACAAAUACAAAAACCAAAAAAAAUAUUUCAACCAAAUAGAAAUGUCAGUAAAACAGCAACUACGUAAAAUGAUAAAACGAAUGCGAUGAAAUAAAUUACUAUUUGACACAUAAGAAUAAAAGACAACAAAAAUUGU